UUAUAUAAACGUAAGAUUGUCGAUUUACCACACCAAGCACUGCGGGCUGGUUCUAGAAUCGGGGCAUUGUGCUUGCGUGCUCUCUCUCCCCCUCGCUGCCUCUCUAGAUUUUGUUGCAGAAACCUACGUUUGAUGGGGUCUAUGCUAGGUGACUGGCCGUCAUUUGACCCGCACAACUUCAGCCAACUUCGACCCUCCGAUCCUUCUUGUCCUUCUAGGACGACGCCGGCAACCUAUCAUCCUACUCACAACCGCACCCUUCCACCGCCUGAUCAAGUGAUAACUACUGAAGCCAAAAAUAUCCUCUUAAGACACGUCUAUCAGCGUCCUGAAGAGAAGGAUUUGAGACCGAAGAGAGCUUCAUCUGAACUUCUUACGCCCGAGCAUGGUUGCAAGCAACCCAGGGCAUCUCCCUUCUGAGCUCUUCUAUUGUUGUAUGGAAUUCCAAUAACUAAUUCAUGUAAAUAUUCUUGCCAUGUCGAACAUGUGUGGGUUUGCUGUAGAGUGAAAAGGGCACUUAGCUUGGUCAUUGUCGUAAGCUGCUUGACCAGAAGGGUAGAUUUUGUGUACACAAAUUAUAUAGACUGUUGGGUGAUCCCUGUUUUAGUUUACAAGGAAUGAAAUGAAUAGACUUGCUUCCCUUUU